UUACAGAGUAAUGCAAAGAAUAUAAAUCAAGAAUUCAAGAAUAACAUCAGUAAUAUUAGAUUUUUAUCCAAUCAUUGAUCAACUAUCAUGAUCAAAAUAUUCGUACGACUGAUUAAAUUUCAACAAAAGAUUUUCCUUGUAUGUAUUGUAUUUUUUUGUAUUUAUAAUAUAUAGAAAUCGGCGCAUCCUAUAAUCUUUUAUAAGAUUCCUAGUUUAUAAUUGAUCGAGAUCGAUUUAUCUUUUUUGUAAAGUUCAUUGGACAGAAUAUACGUCUGUGUUCCCAAAAAAAAAUAAGUUUUAAAUCGCUCUUCCGGAAGAGAAAACUUGGAUAAAACAUUGUCUACAUGAAAAUCACGUUGAUUGGUCAUGCAUUAUAUUUAGUAAAUUAUUCUACUUUUAUGGCAUUGGUCUAAAAAGUGUCAAUGUCCACAAAAUAGAGCAAAGUCUAAAUUAAAAAUGAAAUUCAAUGAAAGACUCUGAGUUCAAAAUACUUUCUAAAAUUAUAUGAAAUGAAGUAAGGUUCAAGAAAUGCUAUUGGCAAUACUCUCACAAGUACAAAAUUAAUUUUAUUUAUCUUUUAUAUAAUACCACAACAAUAAAAGAUAUAUCGCAUAUCUAUUAAUAGAAAACAAAUGUUCGUAAAAUAAGUGGCCUCGAUCAACAAAACAGCAAUACAACGGGAAAAAAAACGACCGAUCCGGUUACAAUACAAAAAAAGCAUAAUUUUACAUCUUAUAAAAAAAGACUCGAUGUUUCCAUAGACAAAUCAAAUCAGAUAUUUUUCUUCAAUAGAAGAACUACAUAAAAAAAAAAAAAAAAAACUUCUCUCUAUUCAUACUUAAAAAAAGGUUCCAAUUCACAUUGAUUAAAACCUCUUAACUUAUGUUUUUUUCUUCGAAGCACUAAAAUUUAAUAGUUUGCAAUGAUUUUUCUCUUUUUAAAUUAUUGCAUAUGACAAUCAAAAUUUAAUUCAUUGUCUUUACAAUAAAUGAAGAAUUAUUUUACAUAUUGAUGCUCUAGUAAUUGAGCAAAGAAAAAUAUAUUUGAGUUUCAUUAUUUUCAAGGAAAUAUAUGUCAUUAUAAAAUGUGCUGCUUUUAAGUUUCCGGUGUUCUUUGACAUAUAACUCAUAAACUAUAAUCAUAUUUUUUUUUUCUAUCGAACGUUUAUGCAUUCUUCUAUAAUUGUUCGUAUUCCACAAAUGCAAUUUGCCUUGGUUUAAAAUGUUAUCUCUUCGUAUUCACUCGUGAACUAUUUUCUUUCGACUCAAAUUUCGUUUUUCUUUUCUUUUCUUUUCUUUUUUUUUUUGUCUCAAUGUCUGAUCAUAUAUAAAUUCACAUUUUGAAAUUUCAUUAUUGAUUUUGUUGAUUUCACAUAAUGAAAUAUACCACUUAACUAGAAGAAAAAUUAUUUUAAUGUUAGCUUAUUUUGUUUUUUGUUUUUGGCUACCAUCGACGACACCCUUUCAUUUUUUUUUUCUCCUUUUCUUGUCAAUGAAGCCGUUUCAAUUUUUUUUUUUAAGAUUUGUUUGAAUGUUACAGCAACUAAGCAGCCAUUCAUUCUUUGUCUUCUUUACUUUUACUAUAGUUGUCAUACACAAGAAAAAAGAGGAAAAAGGGAGAGAGAGAGAGAGAGAGAGAGAGAGCGAGAAAAAAAAUCGAGAAAUUUGCAUUUUAAAUUAUAUUUUUUUUUUGGUGGUGUGCAAACGACAAGACAAGAGGAACACACGCAGGUUAUCAUUAUUACAUGGCAACGAAUAUAGAUGACCGAACAGAUCCAUUUGCUGAUCUUGAAUAUCGUGUAACAAAUCCAAAAGUAAGUCAAGAUGUAAUUAAUCGAAAUUCUGGAAUCAAUAUAUUAAGUAAACAACCUAUAUCAAAAGCAGUACAACUUAAAGCUGAAAAUUAUGAUUUAUGGUUUCAAAAUGAACGUUUAACGGAAGAAAAUGGUGCAUUAGGUAUUGAAUUGGGUAAAUUACAAGAUAAACAUGAUAAAUUAAUGUAUUUGGCACGUAAUCGCCUUGGUGAAAUUCGUUCAAAAUAUCAACGACUUGAACAAGAUAAUCAAACAUUAAAAACUGAAUUAGAUCGUUUAGCACGUGAAUAUGAAACAACAAAAAAAAUUGUUGAAGAUUAUCGUCGUAUGGAAGAACGUUUUAAAACAGCAGAUCGUGAAAUGCGUUUAAUGAUUGAUACAUUAACACGUAAUAAUGAAGAUUUAAAAGGACAAAAUCAAGCAUUAAUAAAUGAACUUGAAUUAUUAAAAGAAAAAUAUUAUAUAGCUAAACAAAAUUUAGAAAAAUCUAUGCGAGAUGCAACAUUACUUAAAGAAGAAUUAACUAAAGCUGUUUAUGCACGUGAUUCACUUGAAAAAGAAACUGUACGAUUAAAUGGUAAAGUAAAUGAAUUAGCUACUGGAAAAAAAGCUGCGGACGAAAAAGUUGACUUUUUAAAUGGUCGAACAAAUAAUUUACAAGUGGAUUUAAGACGUUCAGAAGCUAAUGCUGCUAUGUUACAAGAACGUUUUACAUUAGUUAAAACUGAACGUGAUGCAUUAGAUACUGAUAGUAAAAAUAAAUUAACAUUAUUAAUGCAAAAAUUAAAAGAACUUCAGAUACAAAAUAAAACAGCUAUGGAACAAUUACAUGGCCAAAGUAAACAAUGUGAUCAUUUAAAUAGUGAAAAUAAACAAUUACUUGAAUAUGUUAAUGGAUAUCGUAAAGAAAAUGAUCUUCUUGCUAAACAACUUGUUUCUGUAAAUACAAAACAAAAACGUUUAGCACUUGAACUUGAAAAAUUAAAAUCUGUUGAUGCUUUUAUGAAAAAUGAAGAAGCUAUGAAAAUGCAAGAUGCUUUAAUGGGUUUAACUGAUCAAUUAACACAAUUACGUAAAAUGCAUGCAAAUACACUUACAGAAAAUCAACGUAUUAAAGAAUUAUUAAUUGAAAAAGAUUCGGUUUUAACAAAUUUGGGUUAUGAACGUCAUCAAUUACAAGAUAAAAUGAUUAAAAAUGAACAUACAAUUCGACAAAUGGAACGUAUGUUAGAUGGUAAUGGUGGAACUAAACGAUCACCAAUGGAACCAAUGAAUAGUACAGGACAAUCUAAUGUAACAUCAAAUCCAUAUACAUUUGAAAAUGUUCUUGAAUCUUGA